GGUGAGGGAGGGAGAGGUGGAAGCAGAAGGAACGGGGUAGGCCUAGGUUUUAGGGGAAAGGGUUAUGCACUCAAAGAAGAACCCCGUUCUAGGCAUGAAUAGAAUGGACACUGAAACUUUAAGAAUGCACUAUAAUGGCAUGAUGCAGUUCGAUGCUGUUUGACUACACAUUGGACUGCAUGCUAUAGCCAUAUGCCUAUCAAUACAAUGGUGGGGUGAAGUUAUAGAACAAAGGGAGAGAACGUAAGAUUCUAUAAUUUGAGAGUUAUUAUGUGUAUACAGGAUCCAUGCAAAGUAGCCUAUAGUAGACGAAUGCACUGUUAAGGUGAUCCUACAUUGGAGUGGGGGAAGAGAAAACUGAAGAAAGGGACUUCUCUCCUUCCCUCCCCUCCCUCUUCUGAGUGUUGGCUCUCUCUGCGCCUCUUCCUUCUCGCUCCCCCAUUCCUUAAGAAUAUGCAAAUCACGCCCUCCUCUCCCUCUCUUUCUCUCUCCCUCGAAGUGCAUCCUUUGCUAGCCCUCAGUUGAUUUUGUUACCGUACCGACGGCAAAAAGUGCAAGUCGUCUUGACGGAGGAAGAGGGAGAAAGAAAAGGGGGAGAGGGGGGUGGGGAAGAGGCAAACGUACGCAUCAAUUCGUACAGUCUUCAGCGGCACCCCGUUUUUUCCUGCAACGACUUGUGAAGGAGAGAGAACAUUCUGCAUUAUUUGCGGAACCCCGUUGCAAUAUGAUCCAGCAGCCUAUGUUUAUAGGUGCGCGUGCUGCUCCUAUGUGUGUGUGUCAACGUACAGUAUAAACCGAGAGAGACAGCUAAAGAAAGAGAGAGUGAAAGGAGACACGCAUCGCUGGAUAUCAUAGGUUGUAGAAGCUCAGAUGGUGGUGAGGUGAUUUUCAGUCCUACAGAGAAAGACAAGGACACCACUUCAUUCACUGCUAUGGCCUGUGGGGUGGGAUGGACAUCAUAAAGGUGCAACGAUGAAAACUCGAACUCACAAAGAAUCGAUGCCCAUGCGCAGUGGGCGGAGGCGUGGGGGAAGCAACGAGGAGAGGAGGGGUAGACGUCCGCAUCCCAGCCCUUCUCGUGCAGAACGAAACGACAGGCAGACGCAAAGAGCUGCUGGCGAGGAAUUGGCUGUCAGUCGCUUCAAUCACAGAUCGCAAGGCCAUGAUUCAUCAGAGAGUGAAGGGGAGGAACUUGUGCCUCCACCAAAGAGGCAGAAAGUUCAGGAUUCUUCCUCUGCCACCAACCCGCCGACUUCAACUCAUUCAACUGACAGUACUCCCCCCACUAUACCGCCCCCACCCUCGGCUCCCAGACAGUCACGUGACAGUGACAACGAGGAUGGCCAAUCCCAGGGCAGCCGGAGCUCAGUUGUAGGGAGCUUGGCCAAUAGUCUGAGCAGUAGCCUGAGCAGUGGGCGGGACAUCGACCAGGACAAUCGAUCUUCCUCGCCGAGUCUCUCUGCCUCCCCUCCAGCCAGUUUAGACUCUGACUCAGAUGGUCCAGACUCCCCAAAGCAAGGAGAGGGGGAACGGGAGAAAAGGAAAGAGGGAGGAGUGGGGAAGACAGGAGGAGAGGAAAGGAGAGCAGCCAGAGAGGGGAGAGGGGAGGAGUCUUGCGGAGAUGGAGAAAGGAAGGAUGGAGGAAUGGAGGACAGCCCUUCUCUGAAGCUGCCAUCCUCCUCCAGCUCUUCCUGUGCUCCUGUUCCCUCUCUCCGCGGAGCAGGGGAUUCAGCCAAUGACAGCAAUAGUGGCAGGAAGUCCUAUUUCUCACAGGACUCCAAGCUGGUGAGUAAGAUGGAGUAUGGACCGGCCAGCGCUGACACUGUGCACGGUGGCAAUCGAAUGAACUCCAAAGCUAAAGUGCAGUGCGUGACCAAGACAACUGUUGCCGGGGGAGACUAUCCCCACGGCAACCCCAACAUUCCACACCCCCCUCCACCACCCCUUCCUCCUCCACCUGCGCUGAAACCCUUAGAACUAGGGGGGCAGAACCUGCCCUCAGAAGUCAAGGUAGAGAGAGAGAAAUUGGAGAAAGGUGAGAAACUGAUGGACAACAAGACGGCUCCUCCCUCUCUGUUACCCCAAACCAGCCCCUUACCCCCCUCCCAGCCCCCGCCCCACCCCCACCACUACAGCCCCACCGGCUGGCAGGGAGGCACGGCAACCGGUUGCCAGGGGAGUUGGGGCUACGCCCGUUACUCCGGUAACCACCACGCUCACCAGCCGCAGCACCAACCACCAGUGCAGCAGCAGCAACUGCCAUCCGUCUACAACCCCCCUUCCUCCCGUCAUUCGUCCUCCUCCCACCCCCCUUACCUCCCCCACCCCCACAAGGAAUACCUCCCCAGGUACGCUGCUGGGGGAGGGGAGAGGGCGGCGGCCGGCGUGAGGGUGGAGUAUGGGGGGAGGGAGAUAGGUAGGGAUUUCUCGGCUAGUAGUGGUAGUAACAGCAGCACUUCUGGUGGGAUGGGGGGUCCUAAUGGGGUCCAAGGGAGAGAGUUUGGGGGUCAGAACCGGGAGUACCCAGGCCUGGGACCUCAGGGCUCUGGGAGAGACCCCCCCAUGGGUCCUGGGGGGAGAGAAUUUGGACCGGGGGGGUUCAGAGAAAGAGAGAGGGAUAGAGAUAGAGAGAUGGAGGGAGAGAGGGAUGUAGGAGGAAGGGAGUUCUCUUUACAGAAUCGUAAUGAGAAUCAGAACAGAGAGUUUGGACCCACCAGUGCUGGGGGAGGAAGGGGGCACCCCAGAGACAAAGAGGGUGGGCGGUGGGGCGAGUUUGGGGGCCAGAUGAGAGAGGUGGGGGGCAAUGGCAACCCCAAAACCCCUCCCCAAGGAAACCCCCAAGCUCGACCAGUGGGUUACCUGCGGCCCCCAUGCUAA